AACGCGUUAAGGAAUAUAUAGAUAUACCACAGAAACCUUUAUCAGUCGUAAAUGCAUCUUCUUCUCCAGCACUGACUGAUGGUAACAUUAAAAUGUCCCAACUAACAGUUAAUCAUCUACAAAAAGAUGAACCUGUACUCAAGGAUAUUUCAUUUUAUGUUAAAACUAAAGAAAAAAUUGGUAUUGUUAGAAG